UCCCCUGUUCCUCUGUUAAUCUGGGCCCACCAGAUUUGGCGGAUUUGUGGAAAGCACCAAGACCUGGUAGUUAAGAAAGCCGUGAGCUCUGUCGUCUCCGCUCCUUAAUCUCUGUCGGCAACUCCGGAGGGCGGUCAUCAAACAGAAGGCUGCCUUCCCGCCCUUGCUGUCUGACGGACCCUUUUGCUUGGAAGCUGCUUAGGUGGUGGCUGUUGCCUCGUUUUGGCCGGGAUUGGGUUUCUUUCUCUUCGCUGAAAGGGGAUGAGCCCAGGGGAGCCACCUGGGGCCAGAAGAGGUUUGCAGAGUUGACCAAGAUCCCCGGGCGGCCAUAGCGGACCUCCAGUUCUUCCCAGACCGCAGGCGCCAAGACUGGCCCCUCCAUGGCCAGCAGGUGGCAGAAGGGGGCCGGCCUGGGACAGAAUCCGAUCUUUUCCUCAUGUCUGCACUCCUUACCAUGGAGUCAGAGGAAGCUGAUCUUAGCCCUGGUUCCAUGUCAUGGCUUUAUUUAACGAAAGUAUCACGAUCAGGGGGCCCGUGGGCCGGUGCCUCGGGAUGCGGCGACUUCCCCAGCCCCGGCGGAGAGGAACUCCUCGCUGUGUUCGCCGAGGACCCGCAAAGGCGUGAGCCCGCAGGGUUGCGUCCGGCCAGGGAGGCGCGUGCAGGGGCGCGGCCGGGCGGCGCAGGUGUCCCUCGGAGGCGCGCCCCUGCUGGCCGGGCGGCUGGGGCCGCGGCGGCGCAGGACGAGACGGAGGACCGCCGGCGGCCGUGCCCGCGCGCACCCGGCGCAGGGAGGAGGGCUGGGCGAGAGGGCCGGGCCCCGAGCCGUGGCGGGGACCCCAGGGCGCCGGGCGCGGCGAGGACGGGGCUGUGCAGCGGCGCGAGCCACCCCGACCGGGCGUGGGGCAAAACCCGCCACCCGGCGGCGUCGCGGGGUGGGGGCGUGGGAGGCGGCGAGGGAGCUCCCAGGCCGGGGCUCACCGCCAGGGAGCGGUUCCCGGAACUGACCCCGAACCGGGAGGCGGGCCCCGGGAGGGUAUCUGGGCCACUUGACGACUGGACAAAAGUUUCCCAAGACAUUCAGACUCCAAACUAG